AUGGAAGAAUGUAGUAGAAAGAUAGAAGAAUUAUUAAAAAAAAAGGGAAAAGGAUUAAGGCAGGUUUCAUCAGAUGUCGAUUGUGAUAAAAGGAACAAUGAUAUUAAUAGUAAUAAUAAUUAUUGUAUGAUGAAGAAUUUGUUAAAUAAUGUUGUCGAUAUAGUAAAGCUAACGAAUAAAAUUACAUACAAUUCUUUAUAUAAUAAUGAUGAUAUUGAUAUGUUAAGAAAUAAUAAUGUGGAUAUAAAAAAUUUACAAAAGGAUUUGUUAAAUAUUGUUUAUGAUUUAUUACAUCAUAGUAGUAAUGAAAUGAAACAAAAAGAAUUAGUAAAUAUAAAAAAUGAUGAUAAUUGUAAUUUUUUAAAAGAUAAUUAUCAUAUCAUAUCCUCCACAUUAGAAGAAAUAUAUUUCAGAAUUAGACACAGUGUUCUUUUUUUUCAUAAAGAUAUACAAGUAUUAACAGAUAAUUAUAAUAAGAAUGAUUAUAAUACAAACAAUGAUAUAUCAUCUGAAAGAAACAAUAAUUCUCUAAAAACAGAAUAUAAUAAUAUUUGUGAAACCAAGUUUGUGGAAGAAAAUAAAAAUAAUAAUAUAUUAAACCAUCAUAUAAUUAAUAAGGAAAAAAAUGAUAAUAUUCAACUAAUAAAAAAAAAAGCUAUAAAAGAUGAACAAAAGAUUUAUGUAAACGAUGAAGAUGUAGUAAUUAUUAAAGAUGAUGAUCAUGAUGAUAUAAAAAAAUUGUGUGAUAAUACAAAAUUAUGUGAACAUGAAAUAAUGGAUGAUAAUAAUCAUUGUAAUGAUAUCCUUGUAGAAGAAAACAAGAAAAGGUUUAAUAAUUCCGAUAUAAAAACAAAAAAAGAUAUUAAUAAAAAUAAUGUAAAAAAUUACCAUAAUAAUAAUAAUAAUAAUAUAAAAGAGAAUAAACCAUAUAAUAAUAUCAAUAAUGUAAAAAUGCAAAAAAACAUAAAACAAAUGAAAAAAGACAAAAAAAAAAAAAAUAAUAAAACAGACAUGGAAUAUUUUAAAGAAUAUUCAAAUAAAAUACAAAACAUGUGGUUACAUCUAACAAAUAAUUAUUCUAAAUGUUUCAUUCCUAGGAUUUUAUUCAAAUAUAACAAGUUAGUUGAUUUAGAAUACGAUUUAAUUGAGGCGGUGAAGUGGCAAGAAGAUAAUAUUAAGAAGAAAUUAAUUUUAUUGAAUAUGCAAAAAAAUUAUGAAAAUGGUGAAUUGGAAAAUAUAAAUUCAAAUGAUAUUAUAAAUAAAAUAUUUGAUAAUAAUAAUAAUAAUAAUAAUAUGUUGGACAAAGAUAUUAAUCAUGAAACAUUUAUAGAGGAUGAUAAAUAUUCUGAGCAUUCUUUUGUAUCAUCAGAUAUUUCCCUGUCCUCCUUUAAGGAUGAUGUUGAUAAAAAUUUAUUUCAUAAAUUAUUAAAAAAAUUAAAUAAAGAAAUUAAUAAAUAUUGUUAUAAAUUUAAUAAUUUAAAUCAUCCGUAUAAAUAUGAAAUAGAAAAUAUUAUUAAAGAAUAUCGAAAUGAUAACAACAAUGUAACAAUCUCAAAUUUUUUACAAAUAAAUAUGGAAUUAAAAAAAUUGGAAGAUAUAAAUAAAAAAGCAUAUAAAAUUAUAGAUAAUAAAAACGAUUUAAUAAAUAUGAUAAAUAAUAUAAAAUUAAAUUAUCAGGAAAAAAAAAUUUCAAUAAUGAUAAAAGUAAAUUAUAAACGAACAUAUCGAGGAUUUACAUCUAUUAUUAUGAUAGGAACGAAUAAUAUGAAUUAUAUAAUUGACGUUUUUAAUAUGUUUGAAGAUUUGUAUGUAAUAAAUGAUAUAACAACAGAUCCUAAUAUAUUAAAAAUUACUUAUAAUGCUCCAAAUAUUAUAAAUCAAUUACAAAAAGAUUUCUCUAUAUAUUUUGUUAAUAUUUUUGAUAUAGCUAUAUGUUCAAGUUAUCUAAAUUUUAAAAAUAAUCUAAAUUAUUUAAUAUAUAAAUAUUUUAAUACUGUACUGUAUUAUAAAAAUAAAAUACUUCAAAAUGUUUUAAUUACAAGACCAAUCGAACCAGAUAUGGUUGAUGUGAUACAAAAUGAAUUUUCCUUUUUAUAUGAUCUUUUCGAUUAUAUUAAAAUAGAUAUAUAUUUUAAUUAUAUAUUUAAUACUAAUAAAAUGAACAACUCGGCGCAACAUACGCAAAUACAAGAUGAUACAGUAGAUGCAAUUUGUGAUAAUCAAGCUGAAUAUCAUUCAAAAGAUGAACAAAUACAAACUUCUAAAGAUGAAGAAGAUACCAAACCUUUUAUGAAUAAGCAACAUAUUUAUGUUAAUUUUGAAACAUUGAAAUUUAGUGAUAUAUCAGAAGAAGAAAAAAAACAUGGAGAACAAAUUAUAAGAAAAAUAUUUAUAGAGAGUAAUCUUUUAUGUCAUCAUAUUGUUAAACUAAAAGAUGUUUGUAAUAUUGAAAAGACAAAAAACCAUAUUAAGAAUAUUGUUAAUACAUCAUAUAAUAUACAUGCAUGUGAUAAUUUAAUAUAUAAUAUUUUAUAUUGGAGAGAAGAACUAGCCAAAAAGAUAGAUGAAACACCUGAUAGUAUAAUUAAUAUUCAUAAUAUAAUAUCCAUUCUUUUAAACAUGUCUACUACAUUAUCAAGUUUAAAAAAUAAUAUCAUACCUUUGUCAAAUAUUAUCUCAGAAAAUUUAGAGACACUACUAGAAAUAAUAAUAAAAUCAAAUAUCUAUGAAAAAAAAAAACAAAAAAAAAAAGAAGAUCUAUUUUAUUUCAAUUAUAUUAAUAAUCAAAAUAUUAAUAUUCAUGAGGAAGAAAAUAAUAUCAAUUUAUAUACCUAUAACAAGAAUAAUAAUUUAUAUACUCAUAAUUGUGUUGAUUCAGUUAUUCUUACAAAUGUACAUUUUGAUUAUAUUUCAAAGGAGCAAAAUAUGCUUGAUAUUCAAAAUGAUACUCAAAAUGAUACUUUAGAAAAUCAAGAAACAAAAGAAGCUCAUCCCAACAUUUAUAGAAAAAAUUCUUUUCUCUUAGAACAAACUCUUUUUUCGGACGACGAAAUUGACAAAUCUUAUAUGAAUAACAUCAAUUAUAUACAAAAUCUAAAUUUUAUAAAAAAAAAUAUUUAUUUAAAACAAAAAAAAUCGAGUCCCCAACCAAUAUUAAUUGAUUCGAAUAAAAGCAAUUAUGUCGAUAAUUUGAACAGUAAUGAUAAUUAUAAUGAAAAUAUAAAAAAAAACUCAGUGGUUAAGAAAACUAUUGAUAAAAACAUUCAUAUUCAUAUUCAUAAUAAUAAUAAUAAAAAGAAAGAUAAACAUAUUUAUCAAUCAUACAAUCAACAAUAUAAUAUAAAGAAAACAAAGGGUUUGUACAGCAAAAAUAUAUUAAGCGAAAUAGAUCGAAAAUAA